AUGGCCCCAGACGACAUACUUUACUACCUAGCAAAAAAUGGUAUCCGCGAACCACGAGUCAUCGCCAGGCUGUCCCAAACAUGCCGCCAUGUUUCGAAGCUCUUGGAUCCUUUACUUUACCGAGCUGAUGUAAUGGAAACCAAGCAAAAACUUGCCGAAAGCGCCUCCGAAUUUCCAUUUCCAUACAGUAGAAAUGAAGAAGAUUCCUUUCUAAACUGGGCUCCUGUCGACGGCCAGCAGUGGCUCAUGUAUCCUCUAAUGACGGUGAAGAAAAUCCCGGCUCUCCACUGGGCGAUUGAUCAUAAAGAUAAAGAGCUAGGCCUCACGGUAACCCGGAAAUCCAUCAAAUCGGCAUUGAAGUAUUGGCCAAGCUACCUCCAAGUUUGCUGCGGAGGGGUUGGCCAGUACAUGGAUGGUAUGGCACCACUUCACUUAGCGGCGAUAUCCGGCAAUGAAGAGAUAUUUCAGGAGGUGAUGAAGGCCAGUUCUAUCGUGGAUAUGCGGGUCUACCUCGAAUCUAACUUCAGAAAACACAUUGGUGAUUCAACCUUAUCCGAGACUGCAUGGUCUUUUGUUGAACAACGCAGCGACAUUAGCCACUCCCACAUGGUAGUUAACCCUUUGGGCCUGGCCAUCCUCUAUGGACACAUCCACAUUGCGGAGACUCUAGCUCGGGUUACGCAGGAUCUAGUGGAAGAGAUAUGUGAAAGCGAUGCCGAUCUGAUGUCGCCGCUGAAGAUGGCAGUUUUACAUAAGAUGCUCUCGGUGGUUAAAAUCUUGGAAUCCCGUGGAUACAGAAGCGGUUUGGGAGAUAUAUACUUCUGUAACAAUGAAAUCUCCCGAAUUGCGGCUGCCAACGAUGGCAAUGAAGAGAUGCUGCGACAUCUACUACGCAACAGAGAGGGCGACCAUGAACAAGACUCUUUCGAUGCUUUUGAAUUGGCUUUGGAACUUCACUGCAAGUCCAACCUCCUGUUCAUAGCCGAACACCGCCCGCCUAUAGACAAACCAUUUGUUUUCCUGCUGUAUAUCAAGAGGUUGAUACAGACGGAUGAUUUUCUUCCUGUCGUCAAAGCCCUACUUGGAGCCGAGCCAAUCUUGUGUCGCCAUAUAUCCAAGAAGAUCGAAACUUACCUUUACGAUCAUAGGGGGGAAGGUAUUUGGGCAGGUCGAGGAGUUAUGAUCCAAGACUACCUGCUCAAUCAUCCUGAUAUCUUAUACUCAGGAGUCAUCCUAACAUUUCUUCUGGAGGACCAAAAGGUUAGGAAAGAAUACCGCCAAAGUAUUAAAACGCUACCUAAGCAUCAACAAGAAUUUGUCGCUAGGUUAGACCAAGAGAUAUGCGGUAAGAAUAAAAGCCGGGAUUGGAGACAUACAUACCUAGACGUUGGAGACUCCACGUUGCUCGAGUACUAA